AUGAUCGCCGCUGUCUUCGUUACUUGCACAUGUCGACCAUGUCUCUCGGCUAACAUAUUUACGAAAGACGAAGGAGCCCUCGAGGCAGUAGCCAAUGGCGGCUCGAUUGACUUAGAGAAAUGGACUGUCAUCGUGACACCGCUACUAGAGCGGCUGGAAUUCAUCGUUUACAAUGUAUUCCCCAUGCCCAAGCUGCCGCCGGGCACCCUUAACUCACAGCCCUUCGCCCGAUCACCGAUCCAAGCUACCGAGGCAAACGACAUUCCGCCAGAGAGCAGCAAUAAGGAGAAUGCAGCUCCGGGACCCCAUGCUGAGGAGCCGCUCGCUUCAUCUCCGUCGACUGAGCGCAUACCAGAUUCGCAGCCUCAGUCCUCCGCGCAACAGGCAAACGACACCUUACCGGCUGCACUUGCACUCCUCUUGCGCUCUAUCCGCUCUUCGAUCCAAGUCUUCUUCGUAGAAAAGCCGCCGCACACGAUCCAGAGACUCGCGGAGCUCAUCCUUCGGCCAACCGCUCAUUACAAAACACUGCCGGCUUAUCUUCGCGCCGUCGACAGGGUCGUUUCUGUAACCAGCGCUGCUGAUAUCUUCCCAUUCAACACCCCUGCGAAUACGGACCAGUCAAAUGGACUUCUUCAUCCCGCAAAUAGUGCCGGGGCUUAUCUUACCACCGAUUACACCACUGGCUUGGGCAGCGAUGAGUCGCUGGGUGGAGCUCUCCUGACUCCAAUUCCGUGGUUGACUAAUGCGUCAUUUGAGAGCGGGAAUCCUGGUAUCUCGCAAGAGGCAGAGAAUGGACAACCCCAGCUCCAAGAAGCUGAUAUCGCUACAACGGCUGUUCCUCCUACGGCCAUCGUCGAGGGAGAAGAAUCAGCAACGCCUGGUUCCCCCCACGCUGAGUCGGAUGAGGUUCCCCAUGCUCGUGGCCCAUCAGUCGUUGGCGUGGAGGAUAUGGGCCUGCAAGAUGGAAAGGGUGUCGAAAUGAACCUAGAGGCCCAGCAGGCGGUGUCUGGCAAUGCCACCACUGAGGAAGCCAAGGCAGAUGCUGGACCUGCCACAGCUGACAAGGAUGGCGAUAUUGUUCUUGACGAUACGACCCCCAAAGAGGAAUCCACGACAGAAGAUACAACCCAGAAGGAGACUCUGAACCCAGGUGUCGAUACCACGCAGCCUGCUGGGACCGAGAAGGAGUGA